GUGACCAGCAGGGGGCGCGCGCCCCUUAGCCGGCGCCGCUGCUCUGGGGCGGGGCGGGAGAGGUCCGCGUGCGCGGAGGGAUCUGGCGGCCGAAAAAUGGAUGAUGAUGAUGAUGACGUUCCCCAGCUUUCAUCCCAUACAUUGGCUGCCCUCCAGGAGUUUUAUUUGGAACAGAAGCAGAGAGAGGGCAUGAAGACCUCCCAAGGGUUUAAUCAAUAUUCCAUUGGCUCAAUAGAGGAAGACUGGCAACUGAGCCAGUUUUGGUACAGCGAUGAGACUGCUUCGUGCCUGGCUAAUGAAGUGGUUGUGGCAGCUGGGAAAGGUGGCAGGAUAGCGUGUGUUAGUGCACCAAGUGUGUACCAGAAACUGAAAGAACAGGAUGGUAAAGAUUUUUCAGUGUGUAUACUGGAGUACGACAGAAGGUUUUCUGUAUAUGGAGAAGAAUUUAUCUUCUAUGAUUACAACCACCCUUUGAACUUACCCGAAAAUCUCCUGCCACACAGUUUUGACAUUGUAAUAGCAGAUCCACCCUAUUUGUCUGAAGAAUGUCUUCAAAAAACUGCAGAGACCAUCAAAUACUUAACAAAAGGAAAGAUUCUGCUUUGUACAGGUGCAAUCAUGGAGGAACAGGCAGCAAAGCAUCUUGGUGUGAAGAUAUGCAAGUUUAUUCCAAAACACUUGCGAAAUUUAGCCAAUGAAUUUCGAUGUUACGUGAACUAUACUUCUGGACUGGACUGAUUCUCAUAAGAAGAUCUACAAGUUUUUCGCUCAAGCUCCUUUUUGAUCAAUGAAUACACAUUUUUCAAUGCUGAAAUAUUCAGCUCCGAGUACUGUUUUCUGAGCUAGCUUUAAUCAACACAGUGUGAUAGCCUUUCUUUUAAAUGUGUAAGCAUUUGCAGUCACUGUUUUGUAUCUUACCUAUUAGGUAAAUGGGGACCAAACAAUGCGGGUGCUGGAUGAUGGGAACUUCUCUGUUAGAGUUUCGUUCUAACUGGUAGUUUUUACCGUUCAAGGACUCUUCAGUGACCUCUCUGAAGUGGUCUUAGCUGGUUAGCUUGUAACAACACAUAGGUGCUUGCCUCACAGACAUCGGGAUCAUCAUUGCAUCAGAACUGAUGACUUGGUAGCUAGUGGAUGGUUGAAGGAGCAUGAAUACUGGUCUCCUUUCAAUCUUGGGAGAUGAUCCCUUAGUAAAAGGACCGAGAGAUGUUUGUUCUCAAUGUGUCAUGUGCUUUCAGACUCAUUAUCCAGCAGGCUGAUGUUUUUAUAAAGGAUAACUAGAAGAGAAAAUAGGUCUCCUUCUGGGGAGGCCUCUCCAGUUGCUUUUAAUAAUAAUCAGAACAACCUAAGAGUUGCCAAGUAGGAUAAGACCUCUAUCCACUAUUGUUGCCAGACUGGCUUUUUAAAAACUUGUGGUUAUUAUUUCACCUUUUCUGUAAAGCCCAGACUUUCUUCUUGUGAGAAAGAUUUAUUUUGUCAUCACUUACCACCAUCUAAACUUGUGUACACAUGUAUGCAGUACUAGAGAAAAAGUAAUCUAAGUUGUUAAAUGUCUCUUUGCAGAAGUAUGGUGUAUUUAUUUUGUGAUGUUUAUGUGUUAGCACAAAAAAGUCAUGAGCUUUUAAAAGACCACACAACUAGGUUGUUCUAUUUACUAGUUAAACUGAUCUCCAGAGGUGGUAUAAACCUGAUGUCUCCUUGAAAAAAAGCACAAUAAGGACUUCCCCAUUAGAGAGAGUUUUAGUUUCAUGAAGAAUCUCAUGCAUUAGUCAGGCCAAAUCACCUGGAAUACAAAGUAAUUACUAAGUAAAAAUGUAACACAUCAGCCAGUCCUUCUGUUAGUGCUUCAGACUGUGUUCAUGGGCUCUCACUUGGAGUUGCUGUUGGUUAUGAGAUACUUCUGUAGUGAUAUGACCCAUACAUGUUAGUCCCUUAAGUCUUGAAUCAUAAUGGAUUUGAUUAAAUAUAGUGCCUGCUUUUUAGUAGAUUUCAAUAUCAAGUUAAAGAUGAUUUACAGGUAUGUCAAGUUUGUAGUUACAAGAAUAGUCCUUUUUUUCCAAUUUCCCGGUUUUAUCUUUGCCUGCUGACCCACAGACAGCAGCAGAGCAGAAGUAUCAUCUUAGAAAUUGUUGAAUCUUACAAAGCCACUGAGGUAUAACAUAAGGUAUUGAUAAACUCCUGCUGUUUCUAAUAGACAAAUGUUAAAUUUUAUAUACAAGGUUUGGGCUAUAUUUCAAUCAAAAUAGAUGACACAUCAGAAAACUUUGCUUUGGGAUAGCAGAGAUUUUUGGUAACUGGGAAUCUUUAAAGCCAGUUUGACUAACCUUUUGACUACACUACUAAUAUAUUUUUGGUUGAAAGCUGGUUGCUAAAUUCCAAGGCACUCAGCAGUUUUCUCAGAUAUAAAUAUACUAUACACAACAUAAGUACUUGUUCUUAUAUGCUGUAUUUAUAUAUUGGGAUUGUAUAAAAGGCUAACAGAAAUGAAGCACCUAAGUUUAAGAAAUUUAUUUUGUGGUGGGGAUAAACCUAAUUAAGCUUGUGAGACAAAAUUUUAGUGAGGUAGAGAUAAUACUCAUGUUUCUGUGCAUUUCUGCUGUCUGGAUGGAGAUUUUCCCAUUUGAUGGAGUAAACGAAUGAGCAGGAAUAAAACAGAUGGAAUAUAA